AUGCGCUCUACUGGAGCUGAUAAUUUUAUUGUGUUGAUGUGUUUUAUCUCCUCGGAUUAUUCACUCCCAUCCAUAUAUCCUCUCCCCAAGUUCCUCUGUCUUCCGGAGUACGCUGCAUGGUUCCGAUAUUCUAGUAUAGCCGGAAGAGUGGAGCUCUACCCCUUUUACGUGCGGGUCUCAUUACCUUCAAUACGCAUAACUACACAAGCCCAAACCGAAAGCAUAUUAUAUCCAAAGCCCACCACCUGCGAAACGACCUACGCAUUAAUCUAA